AUGAUGGAUUCUAGCCAGCGCCGGUUCCGCGGAUGCGCUGGUAUUGACGAUUUUGAAAUCGUGCAAAAGUUGGGUGAAGGCACUUUCGGUGUCGUUUCAAAGGCCAGAUCAAAGCGAUCCGGCGCCAUCGUCGCCCUCAAAAAGAUCUUGAUACACAACGAAAAGGAUGGCUUCCCCAUCACCGCCUUGCGCGAGAUCAAGCUCCUCAAGAUGCUGUCUCAUGCCAAUGUCUUGACCCUCCAGGAGAUGGCCGUCGAGCGACACAAGAAAGAUGUCAAGAAGCGCGCCACUCUCUACAUGGUCUGCCCUUACAUGGAUCAUGAUCUUUCUGGAAUGACCACAAACCCCGACAUCAUCUUCACAGAGGCUCAGAUCAAGUGCUACAUGCUGCAAUUGCUCGAAGGCUUGCGCUAUCUGCACGACAGCCACAUCUUGCACCGCGAUAUGAAGGCGGCAAACAUUCUCAUCAAUAAUCGCGGCCUACUUCAGAUUGCUGAUUUUGGUCUCGCUCGUCACUACGAUGGGCCUGUACCUCAGCCCGGCCGAGGCAACGGAGACGCCGUGCGGGACUAUACCACUCUUGUCGUAACGCGAUGGUACCGUCCGCCAGAGCUUCUGUUGCAGCUGAGAAGAUACACCCCGGCCAUAGACAUGUGGGGUGCUGGCUGCGUCUUUGCCGAGAUGUUCGAAGGCAGGCCCAUCCUCGAGGGCAAGUCGGAUCUCAACCAGGCGCAAAUCAUCUUCGAACUGGUCGGCUCGCCCAACGAGGACAAUAUGCCUGGCUGGUCUCAGCUCCCUGGUUGCGAGGGUGUCAAGGAGUUCGAGCCUCAGCGCGGUACCCUUCGCCAAAGGUUCCGCAACCUGCACCCAGAAGCCUUGAACCUGCUCGCCGAACUGCUCAAGCUGGAUUGGCGCAGACGCAUCAAUGCCUGGGAUGCCCUACAGCACCCUUAUUUCAAAACCCACCCUCUUCCCUCCCGUCCAGAAGACCUUCCACGCUUCGAAGAAUCACACGAGCUCGAUCGCAGAAAGCACCACGAGAAGCGCGCCGCCAUGCCUCCUGCACCUGCUGGCGGCACUGUAGGUAUGGGUCCUGACGAAGCUUGGGGCGCAGCUGGUGGCCGCAACUACGGUCCUCCAAACGGUUAUGCUGCCUACGACCGCAGAGGGCCACCCCGCGACCAGAGAGCUGCUCCUCCACCAAGACCAUACGAUUCGCGAGCCCCUUCACACGAUACUCCUCCCCUAGCAAGACGACCAGCGUGGCAGAACGGUCCCGAUUCCCGCAGACCUCCCUUACCGCCACCUCCGCAUCCGAAUGGCUCAUCACAUUUACCACCGCCUCCAGCCGACGGUCGUCUACCUCCUCGACCUCCCCCACCUCCAUCAGAUGGUCGCCUUCCUCCACGACCUCCACCCGUAAACCCAAGAGGAGGUCCAAACAUUGAUACAUACAUCCCUAGCUAUUCAGCUGCACGUCGCGACGACGCUGCGCCACCGAAUGCCAGGAGAAACUCUCGUGAGCAUGGAGGAUAUUCUCGAGAUCGCCUUCCGCCUAACGGAAGAGACAAUCAUCGAAGGACUCGUAGUAGGAGUCCGAGUCGUGAGCGUCGUGAGAGAUUACAAGACAGGGAGCGCGAGCUGUACCGUCGUUGA